AUGGUUGUGUUUGCAACACCAGGAAUGCUGCACGCUGGACAAUCCCUGCAAAUCUUCAAGAAAUGGGCUGGAAAUGAGAAAAAUAUGGUGAUCAUGCCGGGCUACUGUGUCCAAGGAACAAUUGGUCACAAAAUUCUAAAUGGACAGAGAAAGCUGGAAAUGGAGGGGAGAUCAACGCUGGAUGUGAAGCUGCAGGUGGAGUACAUGUCUUUCAGCGCUCACGCAGACGCUAAAGGAAUCAUGCAGCUCAUCCGCAUGGCCGAGCCGCGGAACAUGCUGCUGGUGCACGGAGAGGCCGCCAAGAUGGAGUUCCUCAAAGGCAAAAUCGAGCAGGAGUUUAGUAUAAACUGUUACAUGCCGGCGAAUGGGGAAACAACCACAGUGACGACAAACCCCAGUGUUCCAGUGGACAUCUCGUUGAAUCUGCUCAAGAGGGAGAUGGCUUUUGGAGGCCCACUGCCCGACUUGAAAAAACCCCGUACGAUGCAUGGAACCCUGAUAAUGAAAGAAAAUAGUUUGAAGCUGGUGUCGUCGGAGCAGGCGUUGAAGGAGCUGGGUCUGAACGAGCAUCAGUUACGCUUCACCUGCAGAGUCCAGCUCCAGGACCCCCACAGCGAGGCCGACACGCUGCACCGGGUCUACAUGCACAUCAAGAGUGCAUUAAAAGGCUAUAGUGUCCAGCACCUCCCUGACACAGUGAUGGUCGAGUCCAUCGUCAUUAAAGUCUCGUCCUCAGCAGAGGACUCAAGCUCAAAGGUCCUGCUGCUGUCAUGGAGCUACCAGGAUGAGGAUCUUGGCAGUUUCCUUUCAAGUUUACUGAAAAAAGGACUUCCAUCAGUUUGUUAA